CACAUAUUUCCAUCCUUUCCAUGAAUUUGUGUCAUAAAUUUUUCAUCUCACAUGAAUUUGCAUGGUUCGAUAGUCAAAAAACCAAAAUGUACCAAACAGCCAGCUAUUUGUAAAUAGCUCAGCUCAAUAUGCAGCCUACGGAAUGUCUGGUUAUACCAUUCUACGUGUUCUACUUUAUGGAAGAUUAUCACAAUCUAUGUUUUUGAAAGUGUCCUACGUUAAAGUAUGAGAAAAAUCGCAUGUUGUUAUUCUGCCAAUGAUUGUCAACCUUGUUAACAACACUGACGUCUUCUAUCACAUAUAUGUACACAAUAAGUUGUUAUUCGUUGUACUGAAUUCAAAGCUUCCUCACAUUUUAUAAAAUAUGAACUAAUAUUUGAAUCGAAUUGUUCAUCGACAUAAAGUAUUUGAAUCAGCCUCAAUCCAUUCGGAGGAGUAAUAAGACCAAGAGGUAAGAGCGAUAAUAGAAUAAAUGCUUAAGCAAUAAAUUGAUUGUUAUGACCUCUUUAUCUUUGAACGUGCCUCAUGACAACAAACCGUUCAGGUUUGGUUUACAAUUACCAUGUGAAAACUACUUUGGUUUUUUUUUUGUAAAAUAUAAGUUUAGAAAAUUAGAAAAAACUGAAGAAAAAAACAAUUGAGCGAAACUUGGUAAAAAUUAAAAAUUCAAAUUUCUUUGAAAAACAAAUACAUGCAUGUAUUGUGAACCCAUGGGUUCAUAAAAGCCAAUUGUUUUCUGUCAGUGGUACAGCGACAGGAAUAGCUUCAGGUAACAAUUUCAGGACCUUUACUAACCACUGUGAUCGCCUUUAUAUACCUGCAGACGAAGUGGAACAAAACACAAUGCAGACAGUCGGUGCACGAGUAAGUCAUACGCCUGAGCUUCGUAGAGCUAAAUUUGGAAAAUAGAAAGAAAGUGAACAAAAAAUAUAAUUUCCAGUAAAAAUGUGUAUCGAAAAUUCAACAAAUAAAGUCAAAAGAGAAAAUCAAGCUGAAGAAACUGGAAAUGAAAGCGAUUCAUGGAUCGAGGUUUCAGCCGAAGAAGAUGAGAUCGAUUCAGUGAGUGGUACAUCAAGCGAAGAGGAAGAUAGUGACAGUGAAUCAUCGGACGACAAAUCAACUGAAGACGAUGAGAGUGAGAAAAUACCCCAAGUUAUUAUUGCAGGAGAGACAGUUCAUGAUCGUGCAAUGUUCACCUAUCACAACGAGGUUAAAGUAACUGUUAAGGAUUGCUUAUUUUAUGAUUCCAUCGAAUUCAUUUUCUACGAUGCUGCCACGGUGAAUUUUGAAAAUUGCACUUUUUCGGAUAGCAAAACCGUCACCUUCCAUGAAAAUUCCACAUUAAAUUGUCAGCAGAUUAACUGCUCGGGACCAGCUGUAUACAAACACUAUGCAGAACUUCACAUGAAUUUCCAAGGAUGCGAUUUCUUCGAUAGUAAAAAGUGCACUUAUGAGAAGAAAAACACUUCAAGCGAAACAGAAAAUAAGCCACAUAAAUCAACACAGUGUCAAAGCAACAACAAACAAUUUUCAGAGUUGGAGGUCUUUGUUACGAAUUUGAAUGCUAUUUUCAAAAGUUUUUGCAAUUUCAUUGAACGUUUGCUUAGCGAUGAUGGAUCCGAACUCAUAAGACUCAUUGGUUUUUUCAAUAAUAUAAUUUUACCGUUGAUUCUCAUAUGCUUGAUUGGUUUUUUUUGUUGCAUCAUAUAUAAGAAACAUUGACUUCGCAAAAGUGCUCAUUUCGAGAAAAACAAAUGAAAUGAAAGAAAGAUGGAAGAAGCUAUGUAAUAAGUGGUAUAAGAAAUGUUGGAAUUUGGACAUACUUCAGUCAAAGUCAAUGUAAUUUCGAGUCGUUUUAUUUUGUCAAGUGUAAACGUAGUAGACUGAUGUUGACAAUAUUUUAGUACAAAUAGCUAUAUGCUUGCAAGUGGCGCAUCGUAGGUAUGAAAAUAUCAACUAUAGAAUAUGAGCAUCAGGACCUUAACCAAGCAUAAUGAUCAUCCUUAAAUACCUGUACACAAAGUACAAUGCAUUCAGCAGUCAGUCGAUGCACGUUAAAAAUUAUCCAUCAGAACAUUUAACAUAGACAGUGUCAAAACUUGAAUCUAUUGACUUAUAAGUAAAUAGCAAAUAAACAGAUA